AUGACAGGGCCUUGUACUUGUGAAUUCGAACAAUGGAAAUUAGAUUUAUCUCCGCUGGUUGCUUCAAGUAAAACCCCUGAGUCCGAACCAAUAUUUACUGACUCAGCUGAAACGUAUAUCUUCAAUUAUAAUCCAUGCAAACCCUUCCGGUCAAAUGCAACUAACUGUAAAAAUGACACAGACUUAGCUGUAAACCGUAUUGAUAAAAGUGGGAAAUGUCUUGUGAUUGGCAAUCAGAAAAAUGUAGCUUUCAAAGGGGAUACUUCAAAGGUGGAUGGAAUAUAUUUGGAGUACAGUAACAAGAAGGGUGUACCAAACAGUUUUGCCAAAGUUCUUCUGCAGUGCAGCAAUCAAAAUCAUUUCAAAUAUAUAAAACAGGAAACUCCAACUCCUCUAUCUUAUGUUUUCAAAUUGGAAACUAUUUAUGCUUGCCAACCAGUAAAUCACAAAUUAAGUGCUGGUUCUAUUUUUCUGAUACUAUUUAUGAUUGCUACCACAGUAUAUUUGAUUGGUGGGUUCAUCUUUAAACAUUUCUAUCUCCAUGCACAAGGAGUAGAGAUUAUUCCUCAUUAUUCCUUCUGGAGUGACUUCCCCUUAUUAGUUCGGGAUGGUUGUUACUUUACUUUCCAUGGAUGUCAGGGACCAACAACCUAUGAAAGGAUUUGA